UUUUGUUCUGAAUAGACUGCAAAAAAAAAACAUCCAUCUCUACCACUGACGCCCACGAUGACGAACACGAUGUCGACGUUGCCACCGCCGUCGCACUAUGCGCAGGAGCGGGAUCGCUUAGAAUACGACUUGGUUGUACGCCAGGAGCCAAAGCAGGCGCGGAUGUGCGGUGUUGGUGGAAAAGCUGAUAGAAGACCCAUCGAUCCACCGCCAAUUGUUCAGUUGCGUGUCAUCGAUCCACGGCGACACCAGCAACACGCUUCAGGUUCCGAUGGCCGGCCGGCCUCACCAAGUGGCAGUAGUUAUGCCCAAAGCUUUCUACAAAAUCCUUAUUACUUCAUGUUCGCAAGUCUGGCGAAGCCUGAUGAUGAUAAAGAAUUGCAUUGGUUAAAAGAUGGCAAGACGCGAUGCACAACUGGCUCUGUCGUUUCUUCCCUCUAUCACCUCAAGGAUCCCCAGCGGAACAACGAAGACGCGGGAUUCUUUGUGUUUCCUGACCUUAGCGUCCGAACAGAAGGUAGUUACCGACUCAAGCUGAGUUUGUUCGAAGUCGUAGGGAAUAAUGUUCGACACUGCAAAUCUAUAUACUCGGCGCCGUUCUAUGUCUACACCGCCAAAAAGUUCCCUGGCAUGGAGGAAUCUACCCCUUUGUCUUGUUCUUUAGCUGACCAGGGAAUCAAAAUUCGUAUUCGCAAGGACAUUCGAGUUCGGAAGCGGCCGACCACGGUGUUGGAUACGAGUAGGCAAGAAUCCGAUCAAGAGGAUGACGAAGAAGACGACGCAUCCGAUGACGGAAGGCGAGGGAAACCAUCAUCAAAGAAGAGGCAGAAACGGGUCAAGGAUGGUGCAGCACCGGCCGGGUACAGCGCGUACCAACAACAACCUCUUGGGCCGCCUCCGCCCCCUUCGUCUCAAUGGAACUCGUAUCAACCACCCCAGUCCCAGUCAAAUAUUGAUCCUUCUUUGGAUGGAGCAAGCAGCGUGUCGAUUCCUCCACCUCCUGGAGCAACGUAUGCUGUAGCUCCCCCGAGUUCGACUAGCGGUCCAAGCGCUGCACCUCCACCUAGUGCUCAGCAUAUUCCGCCCACAUCAGGUGCUACCCAUAUCCCACCUCCACCAGGUGCAACCCACCUUCCGUCUCCGGCUACGCACGUUACAUCUGCCCCACAUGCUGCCCCUCCAACUUCCUCCCCUGUUGCAGUUCCUCAGCCACCAACGGCUACCCAUAUUUCGCCUACGUCAGGGUCUCAUGUCCCACCACCAUCCCCUGCAAGCCAUGUAACCCCACCGACCCAUGAAACCUACGAUUCUCGUGCGUACCAUCCGCCACCUCCGCCUCCUCAUUAUGACCAUCACUACGCGCCGCCAUACGCAUAUUCGCAACCGCAGCCGUACCAAUAUUCUGGGAGUUAUCAGGGUUGGGGAGGACCGCCGCCGCCGCCUAGCCAGCACCCACCUCCGCCUCAUCAGCAAGCGCCACCGCCCCCGCCUCAGUCAGCUCCUCCAGGUGCCUACGAUCCCUAUGCACAUCCUCCACAUUAUUAUCCUCCAAGGUAUGAGUAUCCGCCUCCGCCUCCGCCGCAGGUUCCGCACCAGUAUUAUUAUGAUAGUCCGUACGAUCCGAGACAGCACCCUCCUCCGCCUCCGCAAUACCAGCACCAACAUCAGCAUUAUUACCCGCCACCUCAGCACAGAGAGUCAUGGGGAACCCCAGCAAGUGCAGGCGUCUGGAAUGGAAAUCCUUCCAAUGCCAGCGCAAGUGGCAGCACGGCAGAGUAUCCGACCCCGACCAGCGCGACAAGAGAGUACAGUAGCAGUAGGCCAGCGGAAUACUCUUCUGUGCCGCCACCGCCAUCAGAAGGAAAGAUUCAAUUAGCACCACUGAGAGGACCAAGCGUCAUUCAGUUGAGUGAACGUGAGCGUGGGGAGAGAGCUGGGAGCACUAGCAAAGGCAAGCUAAGCAUCGGGAGCAUUCUGAGUCGGGAAGGCGGCGCUUGAUUGAUAUUCAAAUAUUUUUUUGGGUUUAUUGUAUACGUACUUGGUACCUGCUAUCUGUCUUCGCUGUUGUCAAUGUAUAGUUUUCGAAUAGAAGGAUGAAUUCUUGUUACUUU